AAUCAACCUCAAACAACCAUCUCCAGCUCCGUUGACCGUUGCGACAGGGGGCCUAUCUCGAGGCCCUUUUCCUUCUUGAUUGUUGUUUUCGUUGUUUAGUUCAGGGAUUUCCUUUUGCCUUGCAUUUUUUCAUGCAUAGCGAUUCUUGGUUAAAAGUGUGAGGUGUCGCAUCUUCGCCUUUGGAUUGCCAAUUAAUUUGAUCUUUGUCUUUUUUUGGCCAUCUUAUUAUGCCAUUGGCUUCGGUAAUAGCCAUUACAUCAUAAGUCAUUCAAAAGCUGGAAAUAUGAGUGUCCGGGUCGUUGCAAGAGUGAGGCCCCUCCUUAAGGCGGAGCGCGAGUUAGACGUGAUUGUCCAGACGGGGCCGAGUCGAGUGGAAAAUCUCUGCAAACCAGACGUCGGAGCUGCAUCGGGCAAGAAGGGUGCGCUGGCGGCGCUGUGUGAUAGGAGUACGGUGGUGCGCAUACCGAACCCCAAGAACGAGACCGAGGAGUAUUCGUUCCAGUUCAAUGCCGUCUACGAUGCGACUAUCGCACAGCAGGAGCUCUUUGAUGCAGAAGUCGCCCCGACAAUCAAGCAUCUCUUCAACGGCUUCGAUGUUACGUUGUUUGCAUACGGUGUUACGGGAACGGGAAAGACACAUACGAUGCGAGGCGGUAAAAGCCUUGCGGAAAGAGGUGUUAUUCCUCGUCUUUUGAGCGGUAUUUACAGACGGAGUCGCAAGAUCGAAAAGGACAGCGAGGGGGCCACAACGGUCGAAGUUUCGCUGAGCUACUACGAGAUAUAUAACGAUAAGGUCUUUGAUCUCUUCGAACCUCCAGAGAAGAGAACUCUGGCGGGGUUGCCUCUCCGUGAUAAUGGUGGAAAGACAGUCGUUGUCGGGUUGACUGAAAGACCGUGCACCAGCUUGAAGGAGUUCGAAAGUCUCUAUGACCAGGCAAACACCAACAGGUCCACCUCCGCUACCAAGCUCAACGCCCACUCCUCGCGGUCUCAUGCCAUUCUCUGUGUGAAGGUCACGAUUACCACCGAAGAGAAAAUUCGCGUCAGUACUGCCUCAGCCAUCGAUCUUGCCGGCUCAGAAGACAAUCGUCGGACGGAUAAUGACAAAGAACGGAUGGUGGAAUCCGCCAGUAUCAACAAGAGCCUGUUUGUUCUGGCCCAAUGCGUCGAAGCCAUCAGCAAGAAACAGCAAAGAAUCCCGUACCGCGAGUCCAAGAUGACUAGAAUUCUGUCCCUGGGGCAGAACAAUGGGCUGACACUAAUGAUCCUAAAUCUGGCACCUAUACGCUCCUAUCAUCUCGACACGCUAAGCUCCUUGAACUUUGCCAACCGGACCAAGAAGAUUGAGGUUCGAGAAAUUGAGAAUGAGCCGAUGUUCAAGGGGCCAGCGAGGCCAGCCAUGAGACCUUCUGCAGUUUCCCAACGCCAACCAUUACGGCCACUGACCGCAUCUGUCAACGUGAACAUUGCGCCUACCGUUGCCAAGGAUAAAGACCCGGGGAAACCUGGUGAUGGAAAGCCUGUCAAGGCGUUCCAUGUCUUUUCGGAUAGAUCGCAGACGAAACACAAUGUUCCAAGCAAGAAGGUCGAAUCAUUCAAGCGGCCGUCUUUAUCUUCUGAGAUACCAGGCCCACCGGGUAGUCGUCCGCACAAGACACUUGUUCGCCCACAAGAUCCCAGUUCCUACCACACAAGAACCAAUCCCGAUAUAUCUGCCGCGAAGAUCGAGGAGAUGGUCGAGAAAAAAGUUGAGGAAAUCCUUGCGGCGAGGGCUCUCAGUGAACAAUCGAGGCAGGCUCAGGUUCACGAGAUCAACGAACAAAUGCAACGGCGCCUGGAGCUUCUCGAGCAACGCAUUGAAGGCAGCGAAGACGCUCGGGCGGAAGGACUCUCGUAUCUGCUUAUGGCGAAACAGCAUCAGGGACGUGGAGAAGACCAUUCUGCUCUCAAAAUGUACCAGCUGGCGCUGCCGUUCUUCCCCAACAACGAGAAACUGGCGGCAAAAAUCUCCAAACUACAGGAUCGAUUAAAGAAGCCAUCCUCGAAGUCGGGGCUGAUGGCGACGGUCACUACUCUUGCUGACUCUGCUGCUCCUCCCUCACCACCUACAAUUCGUCGUCCAUUGGGUAGCAUGCUGUCUCUAAAGAAAGAGCAGAACUCCGUCCCACGCCAUUCCAAUAAACGCCCCGCCGACGAGUCCAAUGAUUAUACCGAGCAAAAUGACCGCAGUUUUGUCCCUUCAAGCGACGACGAUGACGGCGAUUCAGACAGCUAUUCCCGGCUCAGACUCAAGAAACGAGCCCGGACGAAAUUUUGCGCAAGCGAUGAUGGCGACACCGAAGUACCUGGAGUGACCGACCAUGCUACUGCUGCUGCUACAUCCCCACGCACCACCCAUCUCCUGCACGUUAUCAACUCGCGCGAUAUUAGCCAGAUCAAGCUGCUGAAGGGUGUGGGCGCGAAAAAGGCCGAGGCAAUUGUUGACUGCCUGUGCGAGAUGGAUUCUAUUUCCUCUUCUGGUAACGUGUACGACAGUGAGCAGCCUGACGAGCGCGCCCACGUCAGAAGUCUCUUGGAACUGAGCAGGUUGAGGGGCGUCGGGUUACGGACGGUCGAAAGCAUGAGGAACGGAGUGCUGGUAUAGCUCUUUUUCUAUUCUUUUCUUUCUUUCUUUUUUUUGCGUACCAUGUCUCCUCUUCUUCUCUUGCAUAUCAUAUCUGUCGGCCUUGAGUCGGACGACUGCAUGAUUAGCGAUGGUGUUUGGAGUUGUGUUUAUUUUGCUAUUUAGCAUUGCAU